UAUAUAAAAUAAACAAACUUCUUUCUAUCAUAACUAACAUAACCUCUUGCUUACAACUCUUUUUGAACGUCUAAUCGAUUAUAAAAUAUUCUUAGCUUACAGUAAGUUGAACUAGAAGUGUAAACUUAAGUAUUUGAUUUGUACAGAUUCAGAAUCCCAUAAUGCUUCAACGAUUGCGAUCCUUAACUCCUGUGAUAAAGCAAUGCAGUCAAGGAAGUCUACACACAUCGGUUAUGAGCAGUUACGGACUGGUCCCGAUUGUAGUGGAGCAAACAGGUAGAGGUGAACGAGCCUAUGACAUCUUCUCAAGAUUGUUGAAGGACAGAAUAAUAUGUGUAAUGGGACCAAUUGACGACUCCUUAUCUUCUUUGGUGGUUGCUCAACUGUUAUUCCUACAGUCUGAAAGCAGCAAAAAACCAGUCCACAUGUAUAUUAAUAGCCCGGGUGGCAGCGUGACGGCAGGGCUCGGUAUAUACGACACAAUGCAGUACAUCCUACCACCCAUAGCCACCUGGUGUGUCGGACAGGCGUGCAGUAUGGCGAGUCUCCUGCUGGCAGCUGGCGCGCCUGGUAUGCGCCACUCACUGCCCAACGCCAGAAUCAUGAUACACCAGCCUUCAGGCGGCGCUCGGGGUCAAGCAACAGACAUAGCUAUUCAGGCUGAAGAAAUAAUAAAUCUGAAGAAGCAAAUAAACAACCUGUAUGUAAAACACACGGGACUAGCUCUUGAAAAAAUUGAGGCAAACAUGGAAAGAGACAAAUUCAUGUCUCCAAGUGUUGCUAAGGAGUUUGGUCUGAUCGAUGAAAUUCUUGAUCAUCCGCCCAAGUAUGGAAAUCAAGAGAAUCAAGUGGGACAAGCUAGUUUGUCCAAAAGUUAAGAAUAUUUUAUUACAAUAAAUGUUUGUUUUCAUAAA